AUGAAGCCAUUAAGCGCAUCACUAUCUUUUGUUCUCCACCUUGCUUCGUUCCUCGUGCUCUUGCUCCACCAGCCUCAUCUGCUUGCAGCGCAGAGGCUCACAACCGGAUCGACACUCAGCCCCCCUGGCUACAUCACCUCCCCGUCGGGGGGAUUUGCCUUCGGCUUCCGGGCCCUCGACUCUGACCCCAGCCAGUUCCUCCUUGCUGUCUGGUUCAACUUCAACCUCACCCAGGCGCCCGACCCUGCACAGGAGAAGGUGGUGUGGUAUGCCAAGAACCUGGGUUCAGGCUCCACCGUAAUGGCCACGAAGUUGUCUGUGUUCAGCAUUGGUCCACAGCUCUCCCUCACUGACAACACCGGUAGCAUAAUAUGGACAAACCCAUACCCUAGCCUACAAGCUGGCUCAAUUCUCGUGCUGCAAGACUCAGGCAACCUCCAGUUACUUGCCACCGGGGGAAUGCCCAUCACCUGGGAGAGCUUCCAGCACCCAACUGACACACUCCUCCCGGGUCAAUCCUUGGGCUCUGGAAAGGCUCUUCUGUCCAGGCGCUCCGACAUGGUCUUCUUCCCCGGCCGCUACAGCCUGCAGGUGCAAGGCGAUGGUAACAUCGUCUUGUACCUCACGAACCUCGCCACCGGCAACCUGGAUUCGCACAACGCAUAUUGGAGCACUAACACCUACCUGCCAGGCAACCAGGCCGGCAACAUGACUAUUUUCUUUGACUCAUCAGGCCAUCUGUACUAUCAGAGCAAUGACAGCACUGUGGUUGACCUGAUACCCCCGCAUCCAAAGUCUAGGUUUGGUUACCACCAGCACGCAUCACUCGAUCCGGAUGGCAUCUUCCGCAUGUACACCCGACCGAAGAAUGCCAUGGCAAGGAGCAACUUGUCGUGGGCAGUCACGGGACAGUUCCCAACCGAAGGUUGCAAGAUAAAAACCUCUCUGCAAGGUUUGUGUGGCCCCAACUCAUACUGUGUGUAUGGUCCUAACGACCGGCUCGAUUGUGAGUGCCCAAGCAGCUACUCCUAUGUCGAUUCUCAGCUCACGUACAUGGGCUGCACACAGGGGUUCAUGCCGCAGAGUUGUGACGGGAAGAACCGCUCUGCCGAGUUUGGGGUUGUCAAGCUCCCAAACACCACUUGGGGAAACUCGCCAUAUGAAGGAUAUUCGCACACCACAGAGGACCAGUGUGCAGACUCUUGCCUAAAGGACUGCCUCUGCGCCGCUGCUAUGUAUGAUGGCAGUUAUUGUGCCAAGAUGGUGUCAUUGGCAGGAUUUGGACGGCAAGGAGGAGACAUUGUCAUGAAGGCAUUGAUCAAGGUGCGGACGAGCAGCCCCUCAGUGCCGGCGCCACCGAGAAGGAUAUUGCCUUAUGUAUUACUCGGUUGCUCGGCGUUCCUAUUGCUAUCCACAAUAAGUAGUCUCAUGUUACAUUGGUACCUUAGGAAGAAGAAUGCCAACCAUGACUUUGUGAGGGCUUACACUGCAAAAGAGCUUUACAAAGCCACCAAUGGCUUUUGUAAGUUGCUAGGCAGAGGCGGCUUUGGCGAGGUCUACCAUGGGAAGUUUAAGUCACUACACUCCCCUGACAUAGCAGUGAAGAAGCUCAUCAGCUCCAAUGAUUACAGCGAGAGGGAGUUCACGAAUGAGGUACAGUCCAUCGGCCAGAUCCACCACAGGAACCUAGUCCGAAUGGUUGGUUACUGCAAAGAGCAGGAGCAACGGAUGUUGGUGUUCGAGUUCAUGCCAGGUGGUUCCCUCCGGAGCUUCCUUUUCCAGCCUCAGCGACCGAUGUGGAGUUGGCGUGCUGAGGCAGCACUUGGUAUUGCCAAGGGCCUAGAGUACUUACACGAAGGAUGCAAUUAUCCAAUCAUCCAUUGUGACAUCAAGCCUGACAAUAUAUUGUUAGAUGACAAGAAAAAUCCAAAGAUUACUGAUUUUGGGAUCGCAAAGCUUCUUAGUGACCAGCAGAUGCACACCACGGUGACUAACAUCAGGGGCACAAGGGGCUAUAUUGCCCCCGAGUGGUUCCAAAGUGAUAGGCGCAUUGACACCAAGGUUGAUGUUUACAGCUUCGGCGUUGUGCUACUAGAGAUGAUAUGCUGCCGGAAGUGCCAGGAGCCUGUGACCGGGCUGGAUGGUGACGAUUCAGUCACACUGUUUUGGUGGGCUGGUCAGUUGGUCUGUCAUGGAAAAAUUGAGGUUUUGUUGCAUAAUGAUGACAACAACAUUGAGGAUUUGGUCAAAGUGGAGAGGUUCAUGCGUGUUGCACUCUGGUGCAUUGAGCAGAAUCCUUCGCUCCGUCCGACAAUGCACCAGGUGGUGCAGAUGCUGGAGGGCGUGGUUGAGGUCGACACUCUACCUGCUCUUACAAGCUCCAACUGUUCAUCGCCAUUGACCUCUUCAGUCGACGGGAGCACUCUGUUGCCAGGUGGUGCUAAUCUUGAGAUAGAGUGA